UCCUCUGAGCUAAGCAUCAAUUUUAAGUCAUGGACGGUCUGUUGAAUUCAAUAAUGGCACUAAUAACUUUAAAUGGUUGGCUGAUACUUGAGAGCUGCUGUACAGAAUUCUUUCCUCAGUAAUAAAACGCAGUGCAGUGCAUCGCCGGUCGUCCUUUAAUCUCUAGACAGUUGCCUCGAGAGGCAAUUAACCACUGCUCUGUGAAGUACCAACAAGGCUGAUGUUAAAGUGGAAUUAAGGGUAACUAAAUCGUAAAAUAGCUAUAUCUAUUUUGUCAGGUAAACUCUUCAUCAAAGUGUUAAAGAUCAAACGAAUGGUAGACUUUCAACAACUAAAUGCUCUAUUUACACCGGUAAUUAGCCCCCCUGGGGUUAACGACAAAGACUCACCGUUUUAUCUUAAUCUUGCAGAUUUCAAGUUCUUCAAAGCAAGCUUUGUCUCUCAAUCAAGUUAAAGCGUACGGCAUCUAAGGAGUUUCUUAGCAUCGAUACGACGAUAAUACAUCCACUUUUGAAGAGUUAAAAGAAAACUUCGACCCACAUGAAGCAGGAUUUGAUAUCAGGGCACCAACAUGUUGUGUUGGAUACUUCUCAACCGCUUUCUUACUCGGCUCUACAGAGCGGCCUACUGAAAGCUUCAAGUUUGAUGGAUUUACGAAACCAAACUAUGAAUAAAUCACGAAAUCAGUCAAAGAGUGGUCGAUUUCCGACGUCUUUCAGACGAUUUUCAGAAACUUUUAAAGCAAUGAAAAGCUUCCCUAAAUCAAGUGGGACUACUAAGGAUAUCAGAAAUGGCAGUAUUUCGAGUGAUAGCGGCGAAGGAUCUCUUUCAGAUGGACAGUCAGCUACAAUCGAGACAGUAAAAAGUAUUUUACGGGGUUCUGAACAAUCACACCGGACACAAGGAGAAAGGAAAGAAAGCCUGAGUGGUGAAGAAGAUCAAGAGAAGACCGUCAAAAAAAACCCGAAACACUUAACAUUUAGAACGCAUCGAAGACUAAGCUCACCGGUCACGUCACCAACAAGGCAAACUUUUGCCCACGAGUUUCAGAACCUUGGCCAACAAGCACCUGCACCGAACGCAAACGUCGCAUAUCGACCGCGAUGGUCCUCCUUGCCUGACGCGUUAUUUGGAAGUGCUAAUCGGAUUGAAACCACGAAUAUCCGGGACUUGCGAGAUUUUGGUGUAGGCUGUUUCGAAGAGGAUGAAGAGGUAGGUCAAUACGGGAGUGAUGUCAAUGAUGUGGGCAAAUGCUUAAACUUGGCAUGUUCCCAGCCAAAGCAAGCCAAGUCUUCCGUGUUACUCAUUUCCGACCACAACAAGAACGAGCUAGAACUCAUAGAACUGAACAAACUGCUCGACAACAAAACACUCAAGACGUCAGCGGCCAUUCCUGACGAAGAAGGAAUGACAAUUCUCCACCGUGCGGUUCAGAGCGGUUUCGUAAACCUAACAAAGUUCCUAGUGAACAGUGGCGUGUCAACUGAAAUGCGUGAUCUCGAGCAAAGGACCCCACUUUGGUUAGCGUUAGAGAAAGACAAUUAUGAGUGCGCCGAGGUACUUGUUAGGCUCGGAGCAAAUGUGAACUGUACAAAGAAAGGCGGCAGAACGAUUUUGCACCAAAUGGCCGACGAAGGAAACUAUAAGGCAGUACAAUUUCUUGCGAAACACGGCUCUGACUUAAAUCUGGAGGAUGACAAAGGAUGGCCUGCAUUGCAUUACGCCUUGAAAAGGAAAGAUUUAAAAUGCGCUGCUCUUCUUAUGACGCAUGGUAUGAACAUUCAUCGCUAUACAGAGAAACGAAUACAAGAAUACUCCAUGUCUAUGGAGAUAGUAAACAUUGCUAAGGUCCGAUUGGACGUUACAAAGAAAAUCAAUAAUGAUUUAGGACCAGAAGUAACUGUCAUUUAAGGCGACUCGUGGUUCUUGGCACUUAACGUACACUGACUGCUAUUUGUUCAGCAAACCACGGUUAAUGCCAUACAAUACAUUGAGAGUGGUGUCAUUCUCUAAUGUAAAAUAAUUGUUUUGUCACCAAAUUAUGUGUAAGGGUUCCGUGACAAAUUCAAAGGCUUCCCUUGAACAUAUAUUGGCCCACAUUAUAAAAUCAAUGAUCACUGAUAGUUGGACAACCAAGGGGAAUUGUGAAUUUGCAAGAACAGAAUUUUGGCUUAUGAGAAAACUAUUGAAAUAUUUUAAUCUCGUGAAAGCCCUUAUUCCAAUGGCGCAGUUUAAAGCUGCCAAUAAUAGGAUUGUUAAGGAUUCAAUAAACUAACCUAAGAAGAAGAUUAAAGAUUUGUAGCGUGGUUCCGACAGCUCGAACUAUAUAUACAUCAAUAGAUCAAAGAUGAUUUUUAUUUACAGAUAAUAUGUCAAGAAAACGAUUAAUACAUAAUCACUAGAGAACUGGGAAAAUAAAGAAGCUUAAAAUAAAAUUUAUGUAGCUAUACAGUUACAACUUUUCAAAUAAACAUGGAACCUUUUAAGUAUAAUCACUUGAAUUCUUUGUCUAAGCCUAGCCUGGAACAAGGAAUAUCUUCGGGC